AUGUCUCGUGGGCAUGAGCGGUCGAGCCUGGAGCUGGACCGCAUCAUCAGCCGCCUCGACGACAACUUUGCGUUACAGUUGCGCAAACCCGGUUACCGUGACCGGCAGCUCAGCGACGACGAGGCGCGCGAUGAGCAGAGGCGCGUGGACGACAUCCACCACAGGAUACGGCUGUUGCAUUACGGAGGAGACGACCGGCUAGCUGCAUGUCUGGGCCGCUUUGAGCAACAAGGCCGCAUCAUCCUGGCCGAUGCUGCGUCAUGCAGCACCACCCGGCAUCUAUCUGCGGCCAUUCGGGCUCAGCUCCAGGAGCGCCUGCUCCGGAUCCUUUGCGAUGUCGAUGGCGUGGAGUCGAGGCAGUGGAGCAAGAGAGUGUCCCAGGACAUAGCAGAAUACUCGGCAAAGCGCGCUAGGGGCCGAUUAUCCCACAGCUACGAACACCAUGAUGCAGUCGAUGCUCUUCCGGUCCGGUCGAGGGACUCCUUCAGGGCACCCGGUGUACCGAUGACUCCAGAGGGUCGCUCUCUGUAUGCAGGGGACGACCCUCCGCCGCCGCCGGCCCCUCGGGAUCCACGCUACGAUAGGUCGAUUGUCUCAAGUCGAACGUCUUUUCGGUCUGAAGUCUUUUCUCAGAGGCAAACUCAGGAUGAAUCCUUCAUCACCCAGACGACUGUCGACUCCAGCUACCCAGACAAGACCUAUGACUACCCAUUGUCUCAACAAACCACAGUCGAAUCCUUCUCACACUCUUUCAACGUGGGUCAAAGUCGAGACAGUCUUCUCCCAAUCGAACACACUCUCCCUCGGAGACCUAACAAGCCUCAUGAGAAGCGAGAGCAUGAGUCUUCGCGGUCCCAAAGUUUCAUUGACAGCAAUGGCUGUACGCCCGAGACAAUUGAAGAUAGACUUGCUAAUAUCUGGCCGAAAUUGCCGCAUCCUGAAUUAACACAGGCACCAUUAGCUGUUAUAUGGGAGAUAACGCGAGCUGCUCUUCACUGCAAAGUCUCGCUGGAGCAAUUCGACCUCUUGUAUGAGCCGAAUGAUAGCUGGCACGAUCAGAGCCGCCUGAGAGAGACCAUUUCAAGGCAUCCAUUAUUCCGUGGCAAAAGCUUACCACCAGCCAGCGACUCUGUGGCAUGGAAAACAGCACUGGGUGACUUUCAGACCAAGGUCAAGACGGCCACGCUUUCAGCCGAACUAGUCUACAAUCAAGACGGUGGGCCGUUGUACAGUCUUCGCCUGCAGCCCUUGAAGCUUGAGCUGGGCCAUCGGCUGGCCCGCCGGUUUGGUGCUGAUCGCUUUCUGGAGAUUCUUAUUCCAUCGCCAUCGUCAUCAUCAGAUGAGGACCCCAAGGUGCUCAAAGAAGCGAAGAGCCUCGAAAAAAUUGUAGACUGGCUGACAAAGUCACGGCAUUAUUUUCUUGGGCGGUCCUGGAAGCCAUUCUACGUGCGCGGCGUGAAGGGCAAGAAGCUUUCGGGCACAACUCGUAGCACCCCGCAGGACAGGGUCUACCUCUUUGCUUGCGACGGCAACAACUUCCGCAGCCCUUCUGUAGCCGAUAGCAUCCCGCCGUUGGAGGAGGCCUUGGAGACCAAGAGGCGCACCAAGAUGAAGCUUAGCGGCCUGCUGAGAUGGGCUAUUGGCAUCGACAACGAGCGUAAUUCCCAGCAGCCCAUUACCAAGCUCUUCUCUCGUUUAGCAUUAAGCCUUAGCCGAACUUGGCCAACCGUUGAACUUGAAAAAGAGCAGAUUCGGGUCCAGCGCAAAGACCUUGGGCGUGAGAAGGUGAUGAACGACGGAAUUGGCCGCAUAUCACCGAGCCUGGCGAAGAAAGUCGCCGAUGCUCUUGGGCUAUCCGACUGUCCCAGUUGCUUUCAAGGUCGACUCGGGAGCGCAAAGGGCAUGUGGUUGAUUGAUAUGGAAAGUGACGAUGAGCGGGACUGGGUUGAAAUAUACCCGUCGCAGACGAAAUGGGAAUGCGACUUCGACGACCCUCGUCACCGAACACUCGAAAUACGAAAUUGGCCAUCAGAGCUGAGGUCGGCCUCUCUCAACCAGCAAUUCAUACCCGUGCUAGAAGCCAACUCGCCGGAGCCCGACGCAAUGCGUCGCGUGAUGGCUGAGCAUCUAGAGAGAGCCCUGCGCGCCGACCUUGGUGAGCAAGCAGCCGCCAUGGAGGAGCCUAUGAGUCUCCGCCUAUGGAUACACCAAUCUGGGCCCUCAAAGAAUGACCGAAUGCUCGAUGGGUCAGCAGAGUUUCUGGCUGGCCUUCCCAAUAGUAAUGCGGACAAGGUCGCCUUUCUGCUUGAUUCAGGGUUCGACCAGAGGAGGAUGCAAUUCCUCAAGGACAUUGUUUGGGACAUGUGCACGAAGAAGGCUGAUGUUCUCAAAACCAAGAUGAACAUUACCAUACCAUGCUCGGCCUACAUCUACAUGGCUGCAGACUUCACGUCGACUCUCGAAGAAGACGAGGUGCACCUUUCGUUUUCUACAAAGUUCCAAGCUGAAGGAUUCUCCGACACGCUGCUCGAGGGCAUGGAUAUCUUGGUGGCAAGAGCCCCAGCCCAUCUACCCAGCGAUAUCCAGAGGGUGAAAGUGGUGUCACGGCCAGAGCUUCGAAAGCUCAAGGAUGUCAUCAUCUUCUCUACCAAAGGCAGAGUUCCCCUUGCUGAUAAGCUAUCCGGCGGCGACUACGACGGCGACAUAGCGUGGGUGUGCUGGGACCAGAACAUUGUCCAGAAUUUCAGCAACUCUGACGUGCCUGAGCCGUUAGACUUGAUCCAGAGAGGAUAUAUGCGCAAGAUGGGCACACAAUUCAAGAGUAUCCUGGACGAGGUCGAAAGCAACAACUACUACAAGUAUAGGAAUAACAGAUUCGAGCAUCUGGAGGAUGCUUGUGUCGAGUUUAUAUCCAGAGCAUUUUUGUUCAACCUACAGCCUUCGUUUCUUGGUCGGUGUACGAAAUACAAGGAAAAGCUGUGUUACGCACAUAAUUCGGUUAAAGAUAGGGCCGCUAUACAUUUGAGCCAGUUGCUCGGCUACUUGGUUGACCAGAGCAAGCAGGGCAUUGAGUUUACUCAGGACGACUGGCACCGUUUCCUCACGGUGCAUCUUGGAAAGAAGUCGACCUUUUUGAACGACCCUGAAUAUGCAAAAGAAAAGGGCUCGCGACUACCCGACAAGCAAGGGCGACUGCAUAUUCUCGAUUACUUGCGAUUUGACGUUGCCGAAAAGGUCAUCAAGGACGUCUUGACCAGCUUCAGCAACUCCAUAAACGGGAAUGAUGUGAAGGCACAGACUUACGAUUCGGAGCUCACGAAGCUCAACAAUAUCUACGACGAGCAGGCGAACAAUUCUCACGGCUGCAGACAGUUGCUGACAUAUCUUCGGCGCAGUAUCGCUGCGCUCAAGGAUGAAUGGAGUGUGACCAUGCGUGAUGCAAUCGAAAACUCAACGUUUGCGAACAAGGCCGAAGCCAUAUACCAGAAAUGGCUGGAUAUACAGCCGCCGCCUGAGUUGCUUGCGAGCGGCGAGUUCCCAGCUCUGCUUCACGACUCCAACAAGGAUUCGGCGUUGAGCCAUUGGCAGCUCCUGAAGGCUUCCACGACGUUCAAAAGCCAUUACCACAACGGAUACAAGUUUGUCUGGAACAUGGCUGGAAAGCAACUGGCCUACAUCAAGGCGAUGACGCGAAGUGACCCUGGCGAGACCUCAAAGGUGCUUGUGAUUCCAGAGAUGUGGGGUAUUCUGCGGCCGGACAAGAAACUCAUCACGUCGCUGGCGCUGCAGCGUGAGGCUGCACGGGAUUCGGAGAGUGCGCUGGCCUUGGAGGAGGUUUUUGAGUUUGAUGAUAAUGGCACUGUGAUUGACGACGCUUGA